CCUGCCAGCCAACUGCCCUUUCGCCUUCAUAACGCCCCAAAAAGGGAGGGGCCAUGAGCUCUGCCGUCCCCCGUUGGCUCCUUCGCACUUUCGCUGCCAUGGGAGAAGCUUCGUCUUCCCUCAAGGUACCCAGUCGGGAGGAGGCCCUGCCCGGCAGGAGCCGGAGCCUCAUUCGGAUACUGGAUAAACAUCACGUGAAUGGAAACAGUAUGGUUGAACCUUUUCCUGAAGGAACGCACAUGGCAAUAUUUGGGAUGGGCUGCUUCUGGGGAGCAGAGAGGAAAUUCUGGAGGCAAAAAGGAGUCUACUCAACUCAAGUUGGUUAUGCAGGUGGACACACCCCGAAUCCCACCUAUGAGGAGGUUUGUUCAGGGAAAACUGGCCAUACUGAAGCCGUGCGAGUGGUAUUUCAGCCAGAAACCAUCAGCUUUGAGAAACUGCUCAAGGUCUUCUGGGAGAAUCAUGACCCGACACAAGGGAUGCGGCAAGGGAAUGAUGUCGGCACACAGUAUCGCUCUGCCAUCUACACAUUCUCCCCCGAACAGAUGGAGGCUGCCUUGAGGUCUAGAGAUGAGUACCAAAAGGUAUUACUGGAGAAGGGCUUUGGUCCCAUCACUACCGAAAUCCGCGAGGCUCCGGAGUUCUAUUACGCCGAAGAGUAUCACCAGCAGUAUCUAAGCAAGAACCCUAAUGGCUAUUGUGGACUUGGAGGAACUGGGGUUUCCUGUCCUCUUGGAGUUUAAAGCAUGAUCCAACCUUCAAACAAGAUACGAAUGGCAAAGAAUACACUUUGGAUGUGUUUCUCAAUUUGAUUGCAAUGAUCAUUGUACUUGAGCACCAGAAAAUCAGUGGCACCUCUUUGCUGAGAGCUGAGUUACCAUGGAAGGUCAGACUACAGGUAGUCCCCAUUUCACUGGGGCAAUCCACUCCAGGUUUUAGUCCAGAAUUUAAAGGAGCUAUCCAAGGUGCUGAACCUGUCUGGGAGAUCAGGUUUAGCAGCUUUUGUACUUUCUUUGAAGUUUGGGCAAAAGCCUAGUGCAGAUUCCCUGCCUUGCUGACGUGAAAGUCCAUUUGGAGUCCUCUGUGGAUUGUACCACUUCUGAGAACAAGGCAGAGGAAAUAAUAUUUUUGAAUGAUUUUCUCACACUCAAUACAUUCAGAAAAUCUGCCUAGUCUAGUGUAUUAGACUGGUUUUGGUACACUAAUUUUCUAGAUACUCCUUCCCUCCUACACAAAAAUAUUUGUAGAAUUUCAUCCACCAUCGGAAAAGAGAUCAGAAUCCCCCCCAACAUUUCCCAAAAACUGAAUGGACCCCAGAAAACAGAGGUUGCAUCAUUCCUAUCAUGUUGAAAGUAAUGGAACAUUGAAACAUGCAUCCUCCCCGCAUCUGUAGUUGUACUUUCUGAAAAUGAGUUUCUGCUUGGUCCUCUGUGGCAGAGGUGUUACUAGAGAUGAUCUAAAGCUAUUCAUAGGUGCAAUUAAUUUGGAAGAUUUAUUCAAAUCAUAGAUGAUUUAAAUGAUUAUGAGAUGAAACCAAAAUACGCAAGAAAUUAGAGCAAAAUAAAAUAAUUACAUAUAUACACUCUUCUCCAACUUCUUCACUUACAAAGCAACGCUAGAGCCUAUUUACAAACAUGUUCAUAUCUUUCACUCUUCAGGAGUGUGGCCACAGCUUACGUUCAUGCUUAUAGUAGUUUGUUUUGGCUAGAGCAGGGAUGGGAAUCAUGUGACUCACCAAAUGUUGUUGGACUUCAUGUCCCAUUAUCCCUGAUCAGUACCACCACUGAUGUGGAAUGUUGGGAGCUGCAAUCCCAACAACAGCAGGAGGGCCACAUCUAAACAGCUAAAGUAGUUUUGGAUGAAGGCUUGCAAGUUACAAGUGUUUCUGUAGCUUCCCUCCUGAAAUAACCAUUUCUGAUAAGAAAUGUGAAAAUAGAAAGCUUUUGGCUUUGAGGGAAUCCUUCAACAGCAAGCCUUGAUUGAUGUUGCACAGAAAAAGAAAGUGUGUAGUUUUAUGAGAUCUUUCACUCGUUGAUAGCUUUAUGUAAUUUUCUCAAAUAUCUGUGUCAUGCAAGAAUUUUCAAAUAAUUGACUCUCCCUCACUUCCUCCGUCACUCAAGGGAAAAAGAGAGGAUUGGAGUCAAAGAGGUCUCCUUUAUUUCUGGAUCAUGGGUGCUGAUCUCACGUGGAAGAGUAAAAUAAUCACAGUUUCUAUUGACCCAAGUGUUGGUCUGGAUUGAUAAGGAGACUGUUAACAAAUGCAAUGCAAUAAAGGCUGGAAGCUGCUAAUGAAAAA